GUCAAACUUCCAACAUUUCCUCUCUUUUUCAUUGUACUAAAAACGGAGGAAUCUUCCUCCAAAAAAAACAGAGCAAACACAAUGAAGUCAGAGACUGUAACAUUGAUGCUGGUGAAUCUCGCAGCCAUAAUGGAGAGGGCUGACGAGUCAUUAUUACCGGGAGUGUACAAAGAAGUUGGUGCCGCUUUGCAUAUAGAUCCUACUGGCUUAGGCUCCCUUACUCUGUUUCGAUCAAUCGUACAGUCUCUUUGUUACCCUCUGGCUGCUUUCUUAGCUUGCAGACAUAACCGAGCUCAUGUCAUCGCUCUCGGAGCUUUUCUUUGGGCGGCAGCCACCUUUCUUGUCGCCAUUUCAAAUACUUUCUUUCAGGUGGCGGUCUCAAGAGGCUUAAAUGGAAUUGGACUUGCUAUUGUCAUACCUGCCAUUCAUUCCCUUGUUGCAGAUUCAACUGAUGAGAGCAAUCGCGGCAUUGCUUUUGGAUGGCUGCAACUCACUGGAUACGUUGGUUCCAUCAUCGGUGGAAUGUUUUCAGUACUAAUAGCCUCAACAUCAUUCUUGGGUAUACCCGGUUGGAGAAUUGCAUUCCAUCUGGUUGGACUAAUAAGUGUUCUAGUUGGUAUUCUGGUUCGCAUCUUCGCUAAUGAUCCUCGCGAAUUUGAAGCUGAUAGUAAAGGUAAAGAUAAAAAAGCACGCAAGUCUUUUUCAUCAGACAUGAAGUACCUAAUCAAAGAGGCAAAUAUGGUUAUUAAAAUCCCAUCUUUCCAAAUAAUUGUGGCUCAAGGUAUCUCUGGAACAAUUCCAGGCUCAGCUUUAUCAUUUGCCGCUAUGUGGUUAGAACUCAUUGGUUUCUCCCACAAAUUAACUGCAUUCAUCACGACCUUAUUUGUAAUUGGUUGUUCUCUUGGGGGUCUGUUUGGAGGAAAGAUGGGGGAUAUUCUUGCGAAACGAUUUCCUAAUUCUGGGAGGAUAGUUUUGUCUCAGAUUAGUUCCGGCUCAGCCAUUCCUAUAGCAGCAAUUUUGCUUUUGGCUUUGCCGGACUAUCCAUCCUCAGCAUUUGUGCAUGGUCUGUUUUUCUUCAUCAUGGGAUUUUUCAUUUCCUGGAAUGUUCCUGCGACAAACAAUCCAAUAUUUGCAGAGAUAGUUCCUGAGAGAUCGCGAACAAGCAUCUAUGCGUUGGAUUCAACAUUUGAGGAUAUACUAUCAAAUUUUGCUCCAUUCGUUGUUGGGAUUUUGGCUCAGCAUGUUUAUGGUUAUAAACCAAUUCCCGAGGGAGCACCAGAUUCAGUAGAGAUUGAAACAGGCAGGGAGAAUGCUACAUCACUUGCCAAGGCAAUCUACACAGCAGUUGGAAUUCCAAUGACAAUUUGUUGCUUCAUUUACUCCUUUCUUUAUUGCACAUACCCUGAAGACCGUGAGCGCGCAAAGAUGGAUGCCUUAAUAGAAUCAGAAAUGCCAAACUUGGAAGCAGAUUAUUCUCCAUCAACUCAACUUCAUGUUUCAGAACCGAAAAUGAUGAAUAAAAAUAAAGAAAGCAGAAUCGACAUCAAGCAUGGAGGCGAGGAGAGCCCUGAUUUAGAUGACAAUGAUGAGAAUUCUCUUCUUUCCCAUCAACUAUAACAUUGUCAUGAGAUUUACAAAACUGAUUAACAUAUCUAGAAAAGCUGGACUAUCUGAUUGAACCUACAUAAACGAUGGAAAUACUUCGCAACACGAUUUUUCUUAACUUCAUUUAUAAUUUAGUUCCCCUCAAGCUGUAUAUAUUUCCCAGGCAUGAGGAGGUUGACUAGUUUGUUCUUGUCUUGUUCAUUUAUUUACUUAAUAAUACAAUUUGUACCCAAGUAUCAGUUAUGCAGAUUUGUUUUCCAGAUUUCGAGUAGAUUCUACAGAUAACUUAUCAUAUAAACUUACGUUUUUGGCUGAGAACAAGUACAUUUCAAACAUUUAUAUGAUUUUGUUUCUGAUUACUUUGUUGUGGUAUUUCAUUUUGUCUGCAGGUUACUAAUUUAUGGCCAUAGAGCCGAAUUGAGAACAAACUAUAAGCUGUGAAGGAAGAUCCCCUUCCCAAAAUAUGAUAUAAUCUUCAUUGGAAAAUGAUAGAGUUACUGAAAAGUUUACACCGAAUGACGUGGCAAAAUCCUGACCGUUAAUUACUAUUAACUAAUAAUAAAUCAACGGUCAAGAUUUAGUCACGUCAUUCGGUGCACAAAUUCGGUGCACACUCAUCGGUAAUUGGAGCAUUACUCAUCUUCAUUUCUGGAUAUGACUUGGAAUGUGCAGCAUUAGUCAAGAAGAAUCUCUGAAAUCAGAUACAGAUCUUUUUGAGCUUUACAAUUUUUCUUGCUACUUUAACUCAAUUCAAGAAUUUUCGUGUUUAUAUAAACCGCAUACUAUUUGCUCAAUUUGAUCUUUGCAGGAUUUGAUAAAAUUAAUGGAGCUUACAAACUGCAGAAGUUCUUUCUUGAACCAGAAGCUCUACAUUAACAUAUUCCUGCUGAUAUCUUCCACAGCAUCUUCCUAUAAAUGCCUGCAAAAUUGCUUUUGCGUCUCUAUUGGAGUUGUUGACCACUUCAACAAUAACGGUCACACAGAUGCAUUCAGGAGUCCUGGUGAAGGAUUUCUCUAAGUCAUAAACCCAGUCUAUGAACUUAUUUUUUUCUCUGUAUAAAUGUGAUAGCAAA